UGGAGCCUGCACUCGGAGAGAGAGAGGGGUAGAGAGACCAUCAUUCUUUCAGGGUUUCAGGAUUAUUCGGAGUCAGGAAUGUUUCUCAUGGGGACCCCCUGGCGGUGAGGUGAGGACCCCCGUGGAGCUUCAGAGUCGUGUAAAGGAUCGUUCUGUAGUUUCUCGCUCCUCCUGAAGGCCGAGCUGGCUGUGGUCGGGAUGUUCGGUGGCGGGAUGCUGCAGCAGAGCAGCGUGGGACAUAAACGUUCAGGGGGCAUCGGGAGAUUCUCCAACUCCCACUUCCUCCCACUGGGCUCGGGGUCCGGCUCGGGGUCCGGCUCCAGGUCCGGCUCGGGCAGCUGGGCUCUGGGUCGCCCUUCUAAAAGCGGCUCACUGAGCUCCAUCAGCUCCGGCUCGGAUAGCCAGGACACGGCCGGGGCUGAUCCGGAAUACAUCAUGCAGCUGGUCAGCGACGUUCGGAGAUUUGCAGACGUGCUGCUUCACCUGAAGGAGGCUUUCAACUGCAAAGAGCACCAGGACUGUCUACACCAGGUGGUUCACGAGCGUCUGGGGGAGCUGCUGCGAGUGCUGAAGUCUGUGAUCGGUAAACACCCCACACUGAACUCAGUGGACAUCCUCAGUGCAGCCGGUACCGUCAUCGCUAAGGUCAAAGGUGUGAACUAUCAGGAAGUGAAGGAGGAGAACAGGCAGGAGCUGCUCUCAGAGAUCUACUCCUCUAUAGAUACGCUGGCCUUCACCUUCGGCAAUGUAGUGUCUGACUUCCUUAUGGGCGAUGUAGAGAGUGGAUCGUCAGCAGGGCUUGCUCAGACCCGCAGGAGCAGGUCGACGGAGAACCUGUCGGUGGAGUCUGGGGGAUGUGCUCCAGAGAAAGAUGACCCUCCAGGUCCGUCAGCGUCGGUUCCGGUGGAGGAGCUGGACAGUGUUCUCCAGCAGAGUGACAGUGGGGUGGAGUCAGCUCUUCUCUAUGCCAAAGCCUGGUCCAAAUACACCAAGGAGCUUCUCAACUGGGUGGACAAACGCCUCAGCAUGGAUCUGGAGUGCGCCAAAAGCCUCGCCAAGAUGGCCGAAUCUGCAAAAACGCUGGCAAAUCAACAGGAGCACAUGGCAUUCCGGGACAUCUACACAACUGCCUUUAAGAACGAUAUUGAGUACAGCCAAGUGCUGCAGCACACGGUCUCUGCUCUCCAGGCCAACAAGUUCAUGCAGCCGCUCCUGGCACGGAAGAAUGAGCUGGAUAAACUGAGGAAGGAGGUGAAGGAGCAGUGGCAGAGGGAGCAGAAGAAAAUGCACGAGGCUGAGAGUGCUCUGAAGAAGGCUCGGCUGCUGAAGGAUCAGAGGCAGGAGGAAUAUGAGAGAGCUCGGAUCUCCACCAGCCGGGCUGAGGAGGAACAGCUGGGAGCCGGAGGAAAACAGCUGGAGAAGAGACGCAGGCUGGAGGAUGAAGCUCUGCAGAAGGCAGAAGAAGCCAGAGAGCACUACAGGCAGUGUAUCACAGACGUGGGAGUGAGGAGGGUGGACCUCGCCAACGCUAAAGCCGACAUCCUCGCCCAGAUACGCACUCUCGUCUUCCAGUGCGACCUCACACUCAAAGCGGUGACGGUGAACUGGUUUCAGAUGCAGCAGGCUCAGGUGGUGUGUUUGCCGGUGAAUAAUCAGACGCUGUGUGAAAGCGCUAAGCUGUACGAGCCGGGUCAGCGCUACACGGAGUUUGUGAGAGGUCUGGCGUCGGACAGGAGCAGAGCCGAGUCCUUCUCUUUCGAUGCUGCCGCCAUUCAAAAUGCUGGGUUUCCUCUCACUAAAAGAUCAGCCAGUACCAGCCUGUCCUCUCAGGUCUCUGUAGUCUCGGGAGAGUUCCUGAGCUCGGACGAGGUGGAGGGUCCGGGGAGCGGCCGGACCGGGAAGAUAUCUGAGAGACGUUCCCACAGCAGCACCGACAUUCAAGCUCUGCGGAUCCAGGCUUCGUUUAAGCCCUGGUCUGGGGGGAGUCAGGGUGGGGAGAUGUGCAGUGACUCUGAGAGUGCAGGGGGCAGCAGUGAGUCUCGGUCUAUGGACUCACCUACAGCCAGCCCAGGGGACUUUAAGAGGAGACUUCCCCGGACCCCCUCCACAGGAACCAUGUCCUCAGCAGACGACCUGGACGAGAGAGAGCCCCCUUCACCUUCUGAUAACGGGCUGAGCGAGAUGGUGACGGAGACGGCCAGCUCCCCCGGACCCUUCAGGAACACUCAGAUGUCCAAAGCUGCUCAGACCCACAAGCUGAGGAAGCUGCGGGCGCCGUCCAAGUGCAGGGAGUGCGACAGUCUGGUGGUGUUUCACGGCGCCGAGUGUGAGGAGUGUUCUCUGGCCUGUCAUAAGAAGUGUCUGGAGACUCUGGCCAUCCAGUGUGGUCAUAAGAAGCUGCAGGGGAAGCUGCAUCUGUUCGCGGUGGAUUUCUCUCAGGCAGCUCGGAACAGUCCGGACGGAAUUCCCUUCAUCAUCAGGAAGUGCACGACCGAGAUCGAGAACAGAGCGCUCAACAUCAAGGGAAUCUACAGGGUAAACGGGGCCAAAUCUCGAGUGGAGAAACUCUGCCAAGCUUUCGAGAACGGCAAAGAUUUAGUGGAGCUCUCUGACCUUUACCCUCACGACAUCAGCAACGUCCUCAAACUCUACCUGCGACAGCUUCCAGAACCUCUCAUCCUCUUCCGCUACUAUAACGACUUCAUCGGCCUCGCCAAAGAGUGUCAGAGCAUCAUCAUCGACGAGGCGGAGACGUCUGGGGGAAGCCCCGCCUCCGAUGUGCCGCAGGUCAGCGUGGAGCUCAACCGGGUCCUCUUCAAGAUCAAAGACCUGCUGCGGCAGCUUCCAACCACGCACUACAAAACCCUGCAGCUGCUCAUCCGCCAUCUACACAGAGUGUCGGAGAAGGCGGAGGAGAACAAGAUGACGGCCAGUAACCUCGGCAUCAUCUUCGGCCCCACGCUGAUCAAACCGCGGCAGGCGGACGCCGAUGUCUCGCUCUCCUCGCUGGUGGAUUACCCCUACCAGGCCCUGAUAGUGGAGCUGCUGAUCAGACAUUACGAGAUGAUCUUCGAUACGCCCCUCAGCCCCCUCCCGACGUCCUGCAUCGUAGGACAGAGCUCCCCCCUCCCCAUAAAGUCUCACUUAACCCCGCAGGAGAAAGAGCGACGGCUGAGCCGCCACUCCAGGUCCCUGGUGGACAUUAAAGAGCAGUACCAGAGCUCUAAGAUGUAUAAGCGCCACUCAUCCGUGAUCCCCUCCACCCACCUGCUGGAGGAGGUGAAGGAGGUGAAAGUAAGGCCUGAUGACAAGGACUUUACUGCUGCUGUAGAUGCAGAUUCGGAAAAUGUGAACGGAUCUCUGUCCACGAGCCUCACGGAAGUGCCAAUCUCACCAGGGCUGUGUCGACGGAACCACGUCAGCAGGGUGCAGCUCCGACCGCCACGUCCAAAACUGAGCUCGCGACCCGUCAGCAUGCCGGCCGAGCGACUCCUGAACCGGGUGGACGAAUGCAACUCUCGAAAUUCUGCCGAGCAGCCGGAGACGAGAGGCGAGAGACACGACCCAGCGAUCGAGGAGGUCUCCGAGGAGGAAAAACCCAAGCCUAGACCUAGGAACCACUAUAGGAACACGUACAUUGACACGAAUACGCUACGUAGGACUUGGGAUAAGCAGUAUAAGCAUUACGACAUCACUCCACGGACUGCCAUGAUCGUGACUAAGCUGCCAUCGGACGCCAACGCCAACGAAAGUGUCUCUCUUUCAACUUCUGCACCAUCAGACUCCUUCUUGGAGCGGAAAACCGCUAGCUCUCUUCAUAAUAAAGCUAAUGCUAACACUAACAAAACCUUUGCCUUAUCUGUGCGUCUGAGCAUGGGUGUUGAGAACAGUCCAGUUCCCACAGCUUUUAGACCACCACGGACUUUAAAACCACCACCUGGAACCUUUUACAAACCUCCAGGGAGCCAAUCGAAAUCAUUAGCGCUAGUCAACGUGGAGUCUGGAACGAAAGCGAGGAGCAUAGCACCUGCUAACAGCGCAGAGGAUGAGGAUGAAGACGACGAUGAGGAGGAGGAGGAGGAAGAAGAAGAGGAAGAUGAAGAGAUAGAGGAGAUCGAGGAUGAAGAGGACGAAGAAGAAGAAGAGGAGAAGUUUGGCCUUGAGGUUUCUGUGGAUGAACAAGAACCAGAAGCUCGUUGCCAACCUGAAACCGAAGCCGAAACCGAAACCGAAGCUCCUCCUCAUUCGCCAAGCUCCAGCCCAGAGGAGCUCAACGCAAACCAGACCAAGCCAGUGUACCAGAGGUUCAGAGCCCGGCGAAUGCAGGACUUCGAGAACCGGGAGGCUCACUUCGUGUAAUCGAUGAACACAAAAGAACUAAAACUGUGGUCAAAUAUAACGAACAGUGACAUUUUUGACCUUUGACCUUGUGUAUAUAAAAAGAGAGGAAAAAAAAAAAAAAAAAAAAAACUCAUGGAGCAUUUCCACGAGCUGUGAACUGUUUUAUAUACAGAAUUCAAAAUUAUAUAGGCUUUAUAUAAAUAUAUAUAUAUUAAUAUAUUACUCAUUUGGAAUGAGAUGGCAGCUUGUAAAUGACAAGCGCAUGGACCAGUAUUAAUACAGGAUGCACUUAGUUAGCCUACGUUACGUCACGUUGUCUUAUAGAGAGAGAGAGAGAGAGAGAGCAAAAAAUAAAGACUGAACACUGAACACACCGUAGAAAAAUCAGGAUAGAAGUCAUUCAUUUUACCCGUACCACUUUAAAUAAGACUACCCUUAUAAAGGGUUUAUAAAUGGUUUAUAAAAAGAGUUUAUUAAUUAUUAUUGAUUAAGUUGUAAAUCCUUAAAAAAAAUAAAAUAAAUAA